GCCACAAGGGAAGCCCAAGAAUACUGCAUCCUAUCACUUCUCCAGCGGAUCUUCCCAACUCAGGAAUCGAACAGGGGUCUCCUGCAUUGCAGGUGGAUUCUUUAUCAACUGAGCUAUCAGGAAAGCUGAUAGCUUAUUUGAUAUUUCUGCCCAAAAUAAUUGGCCAGAAUCUAAUCAUGAAGAGACGGACAGCAUUGGAGAACCAUGCUCAGAAAUCUGCCUGUGCAACUAGAGGUGAGGACACCGAGAGAAGACAGUGUCUGGGAACCAGGAAGAGGGUCCUCACCAGACACCGAACUACCAACACUUUGAUCUUGGACUUGUCAGCCUCCAGAACUACGAGAAGUAAACUUCUGGUGUUUAUAAGUCACCAAUUUAUGGUUUUCUGAAUAGCAGCCCAAACAGACCAAGACACUUCAGAUCUUCAAAAGAGUGACUUCUCACCAGUCAUCAUUUAGCUGAAAGCUCACCUCUGAGUCUUUCCUGAGUCCAUAAGCCAAUCUAGCUCUCCAGCCAGUUGCUGUCACAUCACUUUGUGUUGUUUUCUUCCGAGAACAUCAUUCUCUGAAACCAUCUUGAUUAUCUGCAUAUUUGUUCAUGGUCUGAGUGCCUCCUUCUUCCAGGAAUAUCAGCUCCUUUAAGCCCAACACUAUCCAGCUGACAAGGAUGGAAUACGCCAUGAAGUCCCUCAGCCUUCUCUACCCUAAGUCCCUCUCCAGGUACAUGGCAGUGAGCACUUCGGUGGUGACCCAGCAGCAGCUGUCGGAGCCCAGUGCAGAGGCCCCCAGGGCCCGGCCCUGCAGAGUAACCACUGCUGACCGGAGUGUGAGGAAGGGCAUCAUGGCGCACAGUCUUGAUGACCUCCAUGUCAAGGUCCGGGAUACCCUGAUGCUGGCGUACAAGCCUUUCUUCCUGGUGCUGGAGGAAGAUGGCACAACUGUAGAGACAGAAGAGUAUUUCCAAUCCCUGGCAGAUGACACUGUAUUCAUGGUCCUCCACAAGGGGCAGAAAUGGCAGCCCCCAUCAGAACAGAGCACUAGGUACCAGCUCGCCCUCUCCGACAAGCCUGCCAAGAUCGAUGUGGCCCGAGUAACUUUUGACCUAUACAAGGUGAACCCACAGGACUUCAUUGGCUGCCUGAACGUGAAGGCAACUCUCUAUGGCACAUACUCCCUCUCCUAUGAUCUGCACUGUUCCGGGGCCAAGCGCAUCAUGAAGGAAGCUCUCCGCUGGGCCCUCUUCAGCAUGCGGGCCACAGGCCACAUGCUGCUCGGCACCUCCUGUUACCUGCAGCAGCUCCUGGAUGCCACAGAGCAGGGACAGCCCCCCAAGAGCAAAGCCGCAUCCCUCAUCCCAACCAGUCUGAAGAUGCUGCAGUGAAAGCCCAGCCAAGGACCAGACUGGGGAGCCUGUGCUCAGCCGGUAGCACCCACAAGCCUGGCAGCUAGAGAGCUUCUUACCUUCCCAGAUCUCCCUCAGCUCUACGGGACCAUGAAUGAUGAAGUGGGGGGAAGGGCCUGAAACCUGGGUUGGGCCAGCUGAAAGAGAACGGAGGGCUCUUGGCCUGGCCUGGCUCCUUCCUGCCCCAGGUAGCUUAGCGGACUAAGACUAGUCACUAGCAGGCAAUGGCAGGAAGGCUGCCCCUCAGCAAGCUGUCUUCACGUGCUACACUUUCAUUACACUGCCUGCCUCCCGGCCUCCCAUCCCAAAUGCUCCUGAGUGAACCAUCAACCCACUGCUGUAAGAUAUUAGAGAGGUCACAAUAAACUAUAUAUGCUGAUA